GCCAUGAACCGCCGUAUCAGAAAACAUUCUGUUGCCAAGAAGUCUGACAACGGUUACCUCCGCUACCUAAGGCCCGGCGCCCUCGCUCAACUCCGUGACUCUAAAAUUAACGCUAGAUCUCAUCUACGAUCAUAUGGUUCUCAGAUCUCUAUUCAUCGCGCUGUUCCAUCCUCACCUACUUCUUCACCUUCACGCUCUCUAAGCGCCUUCAGUGUCAUCCAGCAACAGCAACAGGACGUUACUGGCACCUUUACCACCACCGAUGGUGAAAUACCUUUUAUUUUUGCAAGGUUUUACGAGCCUCGUUGUCCUCAGAGGAAGAAGCUAAUGGCUGCUAAAUCGAUGUUUUGUCCAAGCCACAACUCUAACGGUCUGAUCUCAGAUGGUCCUGAACCGGUAGUUGAUGUUUUCAGUAAUGAUAUCCUUGUUGCUCAUUAGUGUAAGUAGUAGUUCAUAUCGAUCAAUCUGUAAAAAGUCUAAGAGAGAAGAAAAGUUCACUUUCUUAAUUCGGAGCACAUUUUUCUUCUGUAGCUUAGUUCGCGACGACCAUUCGAUUGGGGGAUUAUUAUGUCAACUAGGGUUCAGGACAACAUAAACAAAGUCAUUUAUUGUUCAAUUGACUUUUCUCUUGUUGCUA